AUGUGUCAGCUGACAAGAGUCAUCCUUCUCCUCUGUUUGUCCGUAGUGAGACUGUCUGCGCUUAACUUUUUCCCAGGGAAAUUUAAAGUUGGCGAGAGAGGCACAAACGUGAUCCUGACCUGUCAAACGAGUAAAGAUGAAAUCACGUGGAAGCAUCAGGACGCACACAGUACAUCAAAAAUCUCAGGAUCAGAGUUUGAAAAAGUCAGUGGUCGAACUCUGACCCUGAUGGACCUGGACGAAGACCAGAUCGGCAACUAUACCUGCUGGAGUCAACAGGGUCUGGAGGACUACACCUAUCUCCUGCUGGACAAGACCAAAGAAACUACAGCUUUUAACAUCAACUGCACAGCCGAAAGUUUUUCCUGUACCGAACGCAUCAAAUGUUCCUGGAGAUCAGAUGCAUUUACUGCAUUCAGACUACGCAAUUCAAGGGAUAAUGGAAAUUGGGUGUCAGAGUCUGUGGACGGGGUAUUUUCUCUCCCACAUUCAACCGAUUCCUAUUCUGAGGAGUCUGAGCGGCUGCAGAUAACAGGAGAAGCUCUUUCUGCGUGCUGCUAUAUAAGAACUGACUACAGCUUCUUCCUGAGAGAUAUCGUUAAGCCAGCCAAUCCAAACAUUUCCAUCUGCAGAGUAAAGAAUGAGGGCAGUGAUGAGCAGAUAAUCGAGGUGGAGGUGAAGCCUCCGUCCUCCUGGCCGCAGCCACAGAGUUUCUUUCCUCUGACGCACCAGAUUCAGUAUGAGAAUCGACAUGAUGGCAAGCUGAAAACUAAAGAAUGGGAGGAAGGCUCAAAGGUCAAAGUUCAGGGCUUGAUCAGAAAGCUGCGAGCUCGCUGCAGAGACCCACUGCUCGUCUCCCAGUGGAGUGAAUGGACCCCCUGGACAAACGUUUCAGACAGUGCCAAUGGAAACAAUGGCAGAUUGGACAGAAACACGAAAAAAGGGAAAAAGAUGAGAAACUGUCAGAAAAAACAUCAGAGAAACCAUCCGAAAAACCAUCAAAAUAAUAAGAAAAAACAUCAGAAUAAAAAGCAGAAACAUGUAAACAAUAUUUAAAUUUAUAAUAUAUACUAUAUACUAUAUAAAAUUAUUAUUGCAUUUAGAGACAAUGAAUUUGUGUAUA